AUGUGUCAUUACUGGGAAGUCUUCUUCCUUUAUGAAAUCGAAAGAGCUACUCACAGCGUCAGUGCCAUUGCUGCUUGUUGGAGGCCUCAAAUAGUGUCGCUUUCUGACGAUCGCUUCUUGGCUAUGUUUUUUGCUGAUCUUACAGUUUUUCAGAAGGAAUAUAUUUUAUUAUGUUCUGCUUUUAUGAGGAACACGUGGAAGAUAAGUGAUAGUAAGUUGGAAAAGAGGAGUGUUGUGUACGGACAGAUGGACAAAGAGAGUAGAUUAAUUCGAGCUAACUUUGCAGAUCGCUUUCUUGAUAUUGUUGACGACAGUAAAGCCUGCUACACUUUUUAUACUGAAGAAUGGCGUAUAUUGUGCUUAUUUGCUGGGAAUAAUCCGGGUAUAACCCGUCGAUGUUUGCAACAAAGUGCGAACAUUUGA